CCUAACCCCCCUCCUUUCCCCCUCUCCCUUUCUCUUCCCACUAAUAAUGUCACCCAUUCUUUUCCUCUCUAAUGCUAGUGGUUCUCUUUCUCUCUCUCUCUCUCUCUCUCUCUCUCUCUUUCCUGCAGUACAGUUAUAUGCUUCAACUAGCCUUAUACAUGUUAGCCGCUAAACAAGGGUAAAACUUUAUAGCAUGGGGAGAGAUGGACAAAGAAAUUAACCAAGAAACUACUCCUCCUCCUCCUCCUCCAUCUCUCCUUCCUAACAAUAACACCACCACCACCACCAAGGAAGACUCCCCGAGAAAACCAUUUACCGGCGGUGGAGGUGGGGGUGGCGGUGGCGGCGGUGAUAGGUUGAAAAGAGAUGAGUGGAGUGAAGGGGCAGUUUCAAGCCUUCUUGAAGCCUAUGAAUCCAAAUGGGUUCUCAGAAACCGCGCCAAGCUCAAGGGGCAUGACUGGGAAGAUGUUGCACACUAUGUCUCGUCGCGUGCCAAUUGUGCCAAGUCGCCCAAGACACAGACACAGUGCAAGAACAAGAUUGAGUCAAUGAAGAAAAGGUACCGCUCAGAGUCUUCCACUGCUGAUGCCUCCUCAUGGCCUCUGUACACACGUCUUGACCUUUUGCUCCGCGGAAAUGGACCCCUUCAAGCUCCCACCCCGACCCCGACUCCGCCGCUGCCUCCUUCUCCUCCUCGUCUGCCUCCGUCUGCAGCUCCUUUAAUGUUGCUAGAGCCAUCCCUGGCAGCCGUGCAACCACCACCUCCGCCUCCGGCUCCUCCUCCGCUAGUUGGAACCGCUCAAAACUCGCACGGAUCCAAUGGUAUUGAAAGGGUUGCCAAGGAAGAUGGAGAAGGAACCAAACUAUCCGACCAAGUGUCAGACAAGAACCAGUUGGAGACAGACAGUAGCACGCCGGCCCUUUACAGUGACAAGGAAAAAUCGAGGUCGAAAAAGAUGAAGAUGAAAAUGGCGGAGAAGAAGAAGAGGCGGAGAAGGGAAGAGUUGGAAAUAGCAGACAGCAUACGAUGGCUGGCAGAAGUAGUGGUGAGGUCAGAGCAAGCGAGGAUGGAGACGAUGAGGGAAAUAGAGAGAAUGAGAGUCGAAGCUGAGGCAAAGAGAGGAGAAAUGGAUCUCAAGAGAACAGAGAUUCUUGCUAAUACCCAGUUGGAGAUUGCUAGGCUCUUUGCAGGCAUUAAUGGCAAAGGUGUUGAUUCUUCAUUAAGGAUUGGAAGAAGCUAGUUGAUGAUCGUUGAUCAUCAUGAUUCAUGACGAUAAUUAUUAAGUAUUAAUCAUAUGUAUAGGCUUAAUUAAUUGUGUACUGACACUGAAAAAGGAAAAAGGGAACUUUAAUUUAGAGGUGAGAGUCUUGAAAAAGAUCGGUAUUUGACUAAUUGUACUAAUAGGAUCAUGAGAAGUCCUGAAUGAAUCAUAUGGUAGGCAAAAUAACAUCUCUACCUCAUUGUAAUCCUCUCUUUCUCUAAGCAAUAUUGCAGUGUAUUUACACAUAAAUUAAGCUAUAUAUAUAGUUACUGUUUUUUUUUU